UAAGGCUGAAAAUAAUCGAAUCCAUGUUAGUGUCGCGGAAUGAAAAGUGAAGUGAGAAAGUUUAGCUGACACUGCGUUCAUGACUUGAAGUGAAAUGAAGCCACACACUCGGGCUUCUUUCAACACUUACCCUCCGCACGUGCCUUUCCUUCGCCCCGCCACUGCCACACGUGUUGCGACAUUCGAGACACGUCAUGACGCCGCCGGCAACCAAUUCCGGCGCGUCUGGACUACUAAACGCCGCCGCCUCGACCUGUCCGUCCGUCACUCGAAUCGCGUUGUGGCGGCUUCGAAACCUGAAGCUCCCGACGGCGAACGCGUCGAGACUCGAGUUCGAAGCAACCGGCGAGGCGUGUUGAUGGCGCCAUUUCUGGCCGCGGGCGCGUCGAUUCUGCUCUCGGCGGCGGCGACGGCGAGGGCGGAGGAGAAGGUGGUGGAAUCGACGGCGCCGAAAGUGGAGGAGCAGAAGAAGAUAGAGGAGGCGGAGGGAGAAGUGAUAACGUCGAGGAUUUACGACGCGACGGUGAUAGGGGAACCGUUGGCCAUAGGGAAAGAGAAAGGGAAAGUCUGGGAGAAGUUGAUGAAUUCGCGAGUGGUUUAUUUGGGAGAAGCAGAACAAGUUCCGGUUCGAGAUGAUAAGGAAUUGGAGCUUGAGAUUGUGAAGAAUUUGCAUAGACGCUGUUUGGAGAAGGAGAAGCGAUUGUCUUUGGCUCUUGAAGCAUUUCCCACUAAUCUUCAGGAACCGCUCAAUCAGUAUAUGGAUAAGAAGAUAGAUGGAGACACCUUGAAGUCUUAUACAUUACACUGGCCGCCUGAAAGAUGGCAGGAGUAUGAACCUAUUCUGAGCUACUGUCGUGAAAAUGGAAUUCGUCUUGUUGCUUGUGGUACUCCACUGAAGAUCUUAAGAACUGUCCAAGCAGAAGGAAUUCGUGGGCUUACAAAGGCUGAACGUAAACUAUAUGCACCUCCAGCUGGCUCAGGCUUCAUAUCAGGCUUUACUUCUAUGUCACGUAGACCUUCAGUUGAUAGUACUCAAAAUCUGUCCAUUCCUUUUGGUCCAAGCUCAUAUCUUUCUGCACAAGCUAAAGUAGUUGAUGAGUAUUCAAUGUCCCAGAUCAUCUUACAGAAUGUACUGGAUGGAGGGGCCUCUGAUAUGUUAAUAGUUGUGACUGGAGCAAGCCAUGUUACAUAUGGAUCUAGAGGAACUGGACUGGUGGCAAGAGUUUCACAAAAAAUACAAAAGAGAAACCAAGCAGUUGUAUUACUUGACCCUGAAAGACAAUUCAUUCGCAGAGAGGGAGAAGUUCCUGUCGCUGAUUUUUUGUGGUAUUCUGCUGCCAGACCCUGUAGUAGAAAUUGCUUUGACCGUGCUGAGAUUGCUCGUGUUAUGAAUGCUGCUGGACGGAGGCGAGAUGCCCUCCCACAGGAUCUUCAAAAAGGAAUUGAUCUUGGUUUAGUAUCACCAGAGGUAUUGCAAAACUUCUUUGAUCUGGAGCAGUAUCCUCUGAUUUCAGAACUCACACACCGUUUCCAGGGAUUCAGGGAAAGAUUGUUGGCUGAUCCCAAAUUCUUGCAUAGAUUAGCCAUAGAAGAAGCUAUAUCAAUUACGACUACACUAUUGGCACAGUAUGAAAAGAGGAAAGAAAAUUUUUUUCAAGAGCUCGACUAUGUUAUUACAGACACUGUCAGAGGAUCAGUUGUUGAUUUCUUUACAGUGUGGCUUCCUGCACCAACUUUGUCAUUUCUUUCAUAUGCCGAUGAGAUGAAUGCACCUGACAACCUUGGUUCUCUGAUGGGUCUUCUUGGCUCCAUUCCAGAUAAUGCAUUUCAAAAGAAUCCAGCAGGGACAAACUGGAAUCUCAAUCAUAGAAUUGCAUCAGUUGUAUUCGGUGGGCUAAAACUUGCUAGUGUUGGAUUUAUUUCAAGCAUAGGAGCUGUGGCUUCAUCAAAUUCUCUGUAUGCAAUUCGUAAAUUCCUUAAUCCAGCAGUUGCCACUGAACAACGGAUUAUAAGGUCCCCAAUAAUCAAAACAGCAGUUAUAUAUGCAUCCUUUCUUGGAAUAUCUGCAAAUCUCCGUUAUCAGAUAAUUGCUGGGAUAGUGGAGCAUCGGAUUUCUGAACAGUUUUCUUCCCAAACAUUUCUUGUAAAUAUGCUAUCUUUUGUAGCACGGACAAUCAAUUCCUAUUGGGGAACCCAGGUCAGAAUUUUUUUUUUUAAAUCUUCUUUCUGCUUUUGUUCAUUUUCACAGUGCUCAAUGUUCACAAUCUCAUCAGUAAGCCGAUUACAUUUAUUUAUGAUUGGAAACCGUAAUUCUUCUCAAAAUCCAAGUGACUUUUCCUGUAUCUUUCUUGAAGUGGCUAAUUUCACAUUCUAGUGUUCACAUGGAAAUGUGUUUUAGGGAGUUACAACUGUUUCAGCACUUGCUUUAGUGCAUAAACAGUAAAUCAUGACUGAAGUUUCGUGACGGAUUUGUAAUAUGUGUCUUAUUGUUACAAGGAUCCUGGUAACGAGUACUCUAAUGUGCUUGUUGAGGAAUAAAUAAAGUUUUUAAUGAAGAGUACAACAUGUACUGCAUUACUUCUCGUUUAAUACCUACUAUUCUUGAAUCCUUUAACAAGUGUCUUAGGGAAACUAGUUGGCAUUUGAACAUAUCACAAUAUACUGCUUCAGUUCAAAAUAGUUGUUUAAUGUUUUGUAGUGAUAUUGAUAAAGUCAUUAAAUGUUCUCAAUUUCAAGGAAAUAUAAGCUCAUCUGACUAUAUCAUCCUCUCAAACCAUUUAUGCUAUUUUACUUAGUGUAACACCAAAAGACUAGGAUAAACGUAAUGUCUUGGUUUUUCAAAAGUGACAUUAUUUGUAACAAUUUAGAAGCUGGUGUGGCAAUUAUUUUGAAACCAAUGGAGUAUAAUUUAAUUUGAUGUGUAUUUUUCUUCUGUACGUAAAUUUCUAAAUUUGAGUUGGAUUUUUUAAUUUUGGUUUUUUUUGUGAAUUGCUGCAGCAAUGGAUUGACCUAGCACGCUUUACUGGCCUACAAGUUAGAAAGACAGAGUCACCAACAUCAGAUUCCCCAAAUCACACUGCUAUUUUAUGCAACGAAACAGAAGAAGCCAACGUUGAUGACGUACAAAAUAAAUGAGGAAAAAAUACCGUGCAAGAUUUUUUUGUAAUUUGUAUUAUUCUUGAAAAGCUGGUAAAAUAGGCACAAAGGAAUAGGUUUACAACUCCUUCCACUGUUCAAUUGUAUACUUUUUGAUAUUUUCCCACUUCCCAGAGUGGUGAAUGCAAUAUUUUUUUAUAUAAAUUGGAAUAAAUAUGGGGUGUCUCAAACCGAACCUAAUGAUAUUAGUUAUUUACUACUAUUGGCUAAAGGGAUACAUCUCUUG